CCUUUCAUUGGCCAAUACAAGCGGUAUUCGUUUCCUGACAGCCGAACGGUAUUACCAACUAACGAUGACAGGUAAACUACUAUUAGUGACGAUCCUAUGCCUGAUGGGCGGCAGCGCUUUGGCCGCUGACGUUUUGGAGGGCACCUACAAUGUUACAGCCGUUUGUACGGCGGUACCAACCGGAACUCAGCUAGGCAGCAUUGAGUCCUGCCAAUACUAUUAUGUUUGUCAAUCAUCCGGACCUGUUAACACCACUUGCCAAUCGGGUUAUUCAUACGAUUAUAAGAAGAGCUCCUGCUAUCCAUCUAGCCAGGUGGAAUGUUAUUAUGGCGUUGAAAAUCCUUGUCAAGGCUUAAACGGAACUUGGGUGCCAAAUACAUCCGUUUGUGGUGGAUACUAUUAUUGCGAUAAUAGCGUUUGUAGAUCCGGUGCUUGCCCCGUUAACCAGGUAUUCGAUUCGACCACCAAAGCAUGCAAAUGGGGAUCCUGUACCACAACCGCAGAUGGCACCGAAGGUACUGUCCUGAAUUCACUCUGCGAUGUUGUGCCACCUGGCUUUUACUACGGUGAUACCUCAAACUGUUCAACCUGGAACUAUUGCCAGUCCAAUUCCUCUGGCAUCUUUUUACAUACUGGAACAUGCUCUGGUAAACAAACUACCUUCAACGUCAAUGGCAAGAGUUGUGAUUACAAAUCCUCUACCGAUUGCAGCCGUGUUACCGGCAAUGGAAUGAGCAGUGCACCAGUUUCCUGUGAUACGAAUGGAGCAAAGAAGGCCGAUGCCAGCGUUUGUGGCACGUAUUAUGUGUGCACUAACAAGCAGUGGGUGGCCACAUACUGUGCCUCCGGCUACUACUACGAUGAGACACAAGAGAUUUGUGUACUUCGUCAGACAGCCACACCCAUCGCGGGCUGCAACCGUUGCCAGUAUGCCAGCCAAUCGUUUGUGAACGCCGUCGAUUCGGACAACUGUGCCAGUUACUAUUAUUGCAACAAACAGGGCGUUGCCACAUCGAACACAUGUCCCGAUGACCACUUCUUCAACGAGAGCGUCCAAGGAUGUGUAACCUCGACCGAAGAAGUGCUGGCCGCCUAUGUGAAGAGCAACGGAGCUUGCAAGGGAGCGACCGUUGACGGUUCAGAUUCCACAGAUGCCACCGAAGCAACUACUGUUAAGGAGUAAGUCCAAACGGUAUCAAGGAUUAAUAGAAGGGAAUUCGGCAGAUCAGGACUAACUGCAAACAUGAUCCUAUGUAUUUACCAUUUAGUAUUCAGCUUAUAUAUAACAGGCAAUAAAAAUUUGUUCGCAAGCA